AUGGAUGGAGUUACUCCUAAAGAUAGUGAUGCUAGUUCUACUCAUCCUAAUGAACAACCAUUUGAGGUGCUUGAUUUGGAUGUGGGAAGAAAGGGGAUUCCGAAGGCUUUGUUGAGGGUGACAAAGAAAAAGAGUGGAAGUAGUGGGACUUCACACCUCCUCAAACAUGCCCAGAAGACAUGUUCUGCGAGACAUUUAAACCUUGCAGCGGGUCAAACACAAUUGAAGAUCAAAGAGGAAUCAGAUGGAUCUACUUCUUUGGCGAUUAAGGAAAAGCAAAAGAAAGUGAUAUUUGAUCAAGAAGUUUCGAGGAGGAAGUUGGUUAGAAUGGUGGUAAUCCAUGAAUACCCGUUGUCCAUUGUUGAUCACAUGGGUUUUAGGAGCUUUGUGAAGAGUUUGAAUGAUAAUUUCAAGAUGAUUUCAAGAAACACAUUGAAGAGUGAUGUGUUGAAAAUGUACAACAAUCAGAGGAGUUCGCUUAAAGCUUUGUUGGAGAAUAGUGAGGGUAGAGUGGCUAUUACAACUGACAUGUGUACUGCUUCCAACCAAAAGAAAUGA